CCAUCAGAUGGACAAAACGGACACUAAUGCGUGUACUGUAUAGAAUCGGUGUUCUACAGAUUCAAUUUCGUCUGGCUGCCUUGCCACAGUGUUCAAUACAAAUUUCUACUGAUACUUGUAACAUAAUUGUUGUGUGAAAAUUAUUUAAACGAAUCCAGACACAUUAAAAUGGCCACACUUGCACGUAAUUUACGGCCGUACUUGAGAUACGUACGUAAUCAAGUCAGAAGUUAUGCCGAGGCACCAGCUUCGAGUGAUCAAAUGAAGUUUACCUUUGCUGGCGCUAAUCAGGUGUUUUAUGAUCAAUCUGUAGUUAAACAAGUGGAUGUGCCAUCGUUCUCAGGUUCUUUCGGUAUUUUACCGAAACAUGUUCCCACUUUAGCUGUAUUGAAACCUGGUGUAGUCACAGUAUACGAAGAAGACGGAUCAGUAAAAAAAGUGUUUGUUUCCUCAGGAACAGUUACCAUAAAUGAAAACAAUAGUGUUCAAGUACUGGCAGAGGAAGCUCAUCUGUUGGAGAAUCUCGAUCGUUCUGCAGCCUCAGAGGCUCUUAGUAAGGCUCAACAACAACUUUCAUCAGCGACAACUGAUAAGGAUAAAGCCGAAGCAGCUAUUGCUGUCGAAGUUGCCGAAGCCCUAGUGCAGGCUUUGGCAUAAAUAUCAUACAGUUAUGUGUAUAAUUGAAGUACAGUAAUAAUAAAAAGAGUACUAAAUUAUA